GCGGCCACGGUGUUCGACGCGCGAGCUCGCCUUCCUGUGUUCCCCGGCGGCGGGAAGAGCCCGGUUCGCGUCGCGCAGGCGCGUAGGCGCUCUGCGGCGACGCACUGCCCCCUCCGGCCGCAGCAGUGCGCAGCCAUGCUGGCCGGCUCAUGGACGGGGCGACUGGCGGCGCGGCCUCGCUGAGCAGCCCAUGGAGCGCAAGCGGUCCUCCCGCCGGCAUCACCACGGAGCCGGCGGGGCGGCCGCGUCGGCCGUGGCGCCGCCCGAGAACCGCUGCAAGUCGUGUUGCCGCAAAUUCACCGCGUUCCUCUUUUCACACGUGGGUCUGUGCGCGCUCGUCGUCGGCUACAGCAUCUUGGGCGCAUUCGCCUUCCGCGCGCUCGAAGCGCCCUACGAGGUUGAGAAGGCCAGCCAGGUGAUAGCCAUGCGCCGCGAUACCGUGACGCGCCUGUGGGAGAUCACGGACCGGCUAAACGUGCUCUACAAGGAGAACUGGACAGCCGCGGUGUCCCACGAGAUACUGGACUUCCAGGCGCGGCUCAUAGCCGCCGUUAAGGACGGCUACGACGGCAAGGAGAUUGGCACGGGCGGACAGCAGUGGUCCUUCUCGGGGGCUUUUCUCUACUCCCUCACUGUCAUCACAACAAUCGGGUACGGCAACAUAGCGCCUCGCACCAACUGGGGAAAAAUUGUGACCAUCCUGUACGCCAUCGUCGGCAUCCCUCUGAUGCUGCUCUACCUGACCAACAUCGGCGACAUUCUAGCCAAGGCGUUCCGAUACGUGUACGGCAAGCUGUGCACGUGCAGGCCGAGCGGCACGCAGCGCAGGCGCCGUGUGCCCCUGCAAGCGAACCACCUGCAGCGCAACUCGGUGGCCGAGAACUACCGAGUGCACCACAUUGUCUCGCACAAUGCGCUCGACGGACAGGAGAAGCUGCGUGCCUGCGAUGACCAGGUCCGUAUCGAGAACCUGGCCACGGGUGACGACGAGAUGUACGAGGACGGCGCCAGCAAACCCAGAGUGUCGGUGCCGAUCACGCUAUGCUUUGUCAUCAUGAUCGGCUACAUCUCCGGAGGCGCCGUCAUCUUCUCGCUCUGGGAGGGCUGGGAGUUUCUCGAUGGCUCCUACUUCUGCUUCGUCACGCUGAGCACUAUCGGCUUCGGUGACUUGGUGCCGGGUGACACGGUCGUCUCAGACAGCGGCUCUCAGGAGAAGCUCGUGAUCUGCUCGCUCUACCUCCUGGUUGGCAUGGCGUUGAUAGCUAUGUGCUUCAACCUAAUGCAGGAGGAAGUUAUUUACAAAGUGAGAAACUGUGGCAAACGCAUCGGGAUCAUCAAGGACGCCGACGACGACGAGGACUUCUCCUGAGAUGGGCUGCUGCGUCCACUACUUCUGCCAAAAGGGGCGUUGCGCCCCAUUGUCCUUCUUCAUCGGUUAGCUGGAAAAAAUAAGUCCCUUUGAGCGCGAUUGCAAGCUAUGGUUUCUGUGCUGGUUCUGUUCGCUGCGACAUGACGUGAUUGCGAAAGUACUCCGUGCUCGAGUCAGUCUGAAAUCGAUUUGUUUAGAACUUGAAUUAGAAGUACGAUUGAUUGGGCUGUCCUAGCGCUGCUCCUCGACACGAACUAAGGAGGGACAGGCGACCGUGCUGUUACGAUUUCCCGCUCUUCCCCAGUGUUGUCGCUCUAGGGGCCGUGCGCCGACUGACCAAAGAGCAUGGCGGCGCCCGUCUUCUUCCCGAACUCGUAACCUGUACUGCGGCCCCGAUUCAUAGCAGAGCCGUUACCCGAAACCGCCGCAUUGGUGUUUGAGAUCUACGGCAUAAUUUGCUGCUUUCAUUCUAGAAGGCAUUGCUGUAUGGAGCAGAUCACCAUAAAGUAAGAGCGGAAACCAGACCAGAGAGCAGUGAGAGACCGCGUUGCUCAGCUGUGCACCAGAAGACCGACUUAAAGCAAUACAGCAGGCCGAUGACGCCGCCAGGGCCCAAGGGCUCUAGGCCAUCAUAUAGGUAGAGAGGCCUUGGUCUCAAAUCUGCUGUUCUAAAAUAAAGUUUAUUCCUCCUCCUCCUGCGAUUUUUAUAAUUAGUGCCCUUCGUCGUCUUUUUCUUGCUAAUGGUGGCCGUACCGGCACUGAUAAGCGUAGAGAAACGAAGCUCAUAACCAGUUUACCGAGGCGUAAUCGGCCUGGUCAGUCAAUGAGAUGACGCCAGCAGGUAUAUAUUUCAAAGAACAUUGACAGGCCAUGUUACCUCUUGCAAAGGGAAGUCUUUAACCCUUUGAUGCCCAAAACGUUAUUUCAAUAUGGAGUAUCAGAGAAACUUUGCCAUGCACAAAGGACGGACAAAAUAUGCGAAUUAUGCUGUCAGAAAAAAUUGGCAGUGGCUUAGCUCGGCUAUGCCAGGUUAUACGUAGCGAAAGCUAAGGCAUAGUAUGGUUAGCCUUGGUAAAACUUGAUUGCAAGUCCAGGUUAGUCUGGUUGUCUAGCUAUGUUGCGGCGUUUAGCCAGUCGUUCGGCGAGCUGUUCGUCUGUUUCCUGGGCGAUCCGUUUCCUCUUCAUCGCGUUCCGAUGUCGAUUCCAGGCCUCCUCCUGCUUAUCAGAAUUGUCGAGAUCCAUACUGCCGCCUCAACUGUGACUGCGGCGCACGCGCGCUCCUUUUCAAUCCUCUGACAUGUUAUCAGGCAUGCGACGCAGCUGGUGAAAUGAGCGGAGGCGAACGCAAUGACGAGGAACGCGAUGUUGCGUCAUGUACCUCCUCGGAGCACGGCCACGGCGAAAUCGCAAGUUCGCGGCCAGUAAAGCCUUUAAAAAUUAUCUUUAUUCAAGACUGCAUAAUGAGGUGUUAACAUUGGGCAUCUGUGGUCCUCCUUCACAUGGAAUGCCUUGAAGCAGUUGCGGCUUAGAAGGAAACAUAGGUGCAUGUUACACUCUGCACAGUGUAGAAAAAUGUAGCCCGAUUUGCAGUACUUACACCAGUUCUUCUUUUCACCGUACUGAGGCCAGUGAUUCAUGCCAUCAUACGUCACGUCCACUGUGGGCCUUGGUGUCACCCGACAAUUGGUCAUCUGUUUUGCAGGCGAAUUCCAAGCUCGGUGGCGGCACCUGAUCUUCUGUUCAAUGGCUUCGACUUCACGAGUGCGAGGGUCUGGGCGAUUUUAGCUCGAAGGGUCAGGAGUGACAACUUUCUUUUGAUGGACAGCUGAGCACAGUGACGUUUCUACAGCAGCCACCCAUUGCCAACUGAAGCAUCAAUCAUCAAAAAAAAUAUCAGCAUAUACCAUGUUUUGGACUUGUGGUCCGUGCGAUAAAGCUCAAUUAGCAUAUCAGCGAGAUCAACACCUCCCAUGAAGGCAUCACACCCUUACGGCAAAAGGGCGUGGAACAUCGACGAUAUGCUUUUCCUUGCUGUUCCAACGGUUACAUAUGUCGGUUGGUUGGACACCAGCGUCGCUAGACACGAGGUAGACGGAGCUGUUAUCAAACCGUUUGACGAUUCCAAUAUUAGACUCCUCACCCAAGCGAAAAUCCACGGAGCCUCUUCCAUGCGCCUUGAAAACUGCAUCAACAGCCAGCGGGCACUUCUCUGUCCUGUCGACCCUGAUGGUGCCAACACACAGGAAUCCUUUGCGCCUCAGCUCCUCCACAAGGCGCAGGCUGGUAAACCAGGUAUCCAAAAAUAACUUAUGCCUUUUGUGCUCUGGAAGAUCUUUCACCAGAUCGAUGACUAUAUCGCCGGAGAUGCCGAACCCGUGGUCGUGCGCAGUGCCUUUACCUUCAUAGAUGAUGAAGUCGUGCAUGAUGCCAGCAGAAUCUGCCCUCGUGAAAACUUUAUAACCCCACUUGUCAGGCUUCGAUUUCAUGUACUGCUUUAGGGGUGACCUCCUCUUGAAUGGAAUAAUAUGUUCAAUACUUUGCCGCUUCUCUGGGGCCACAGCCUUCAUGUUCUUCUUCAGUCGGUCUACACGUGGGCGCACCUUGAAAAGGCGGUCGUGGCCCUCGGAGUCCCGUGGUACUGCCUGCAAAUUGUCGUUCAUGUGUAGGCACUGAUGUAUGCCCUCGAAGCGAUUCCUCGACAUGAGAUACGCCACAGGCGCAAAUCUUGUGCCGCACUGCCAAAAUAUGCGGAAAUGAGGUACCCUCACUGUCCCUAAAAUCACCAAUAUGGAAAGAUACUUCGUCAUUUCCUCCUCGCUGAUGUUCGCACAGAUGCCUUUCUUCUGGGUAAAAUACAGAUUUAAUUGAUAGCACAGUGUGGCUACCAUAUCUUCAUCAAAAAACGAACAAAAGUAUUCAUAAGGGCUUAGCACCUCGUCAGGCGGUGAGAGCAGCUCCCCCUUCUAGUCAGUGUCAUCAAGCGAAAGGUCUUCUCUCCUGCAUGGUCUGCGAACGUUUUCUUUCUUUUGCUUGCGCGGAGCCACCGAGUGGACACGUGAAGCACCCGGCAAAGCUUCAACAUUAUCGCCUGACAUUCCUUCAUCAUUUUCUACGCACGGCUCUUUGUCGCGAAGAUUGGUCGCUAUUUCUAGUGGACAGGUAUCAAUCAAUUUUCGAGCAUUUCUCGGAUCAUAGUCGGGGUCAUCCGGGUCGCUGCUGAAGUCGGCGUCGGACAAUUCACCGUCCGGAAGAAAGAUGAGCUCCUGAAUUUCAUCAUCAGUAAGCCACUUUUUUUCUGUUGAUAUCGCCAUCUGUAUAUGAAAGACUUAAAAUAUGACCUUAUGAGGAACGCUUAUUCUAUUCGACAGAAUGAACACUCUGCUAUUGCUUUGCUUUACCUUCAGCACAGCAAAAACUACCAGAAACGAUAUCUCCCUACAUGUGAUCAUGCCUCCGCAAAUGCCCGUUGUUGCUCCUGGGCAACACCACUUUUGGCGCGUAAACCUUUGUUGUACAAAUUGCGGCCACACCGGUUAGCCUCCUCAUAAAUGUCGUACGAGGUCUUAUGAGCUAUUCUAAGUCGGACAGUUGUCAUAGUAGUGUCCUAUACCGCCGUAGCUGAACAAAUUUACUCGUGUGUGCGGUCCUUGCACUGGCACCUGUCAGAACAGUCACGAAAAGAACAACAAAGGGGUGGUGCUGCCAUCUCUACGUACUUACUUUAAGCUCAAGAUGCUCGCUAGUCUUGGUACAUUCCACAGAUGGCACUAGCGGUAUCGUUCAGCAGAGCGCGUUAAAGACAGAAAAAUAGUUUUGAGGCUGUUGCUCCUGGGCAACAGUGGGCAAAGGGUUUAGAAAACGUUCACGGCACAAAACCAAAUGAAAGACGGCCAGUUUUCGUCAAUUAGGAGGAGCUAUUACAUAAAGCUCUUCCAAUCUGCUUGUGUACAAUUUCCUUCGUUAGCCCUCCGCGAUUAGUCAGACAUUUUAGGCGCAACACCCACUUCGCCAGUCAGUCACGAUACUUCACCACAAGGACAGAAGAACACCCCAUCUCAAGAUUACGCAUACACUACGAUUAUGUAUGAUAAUACGGAACAAAAGAAAAAGGGUUCUUUCCGAUUCUGCGCCUUUUUGACUGUCAGCCUUCCGCAAAUGGUAAAAAUGUUUUCAGGCAAUGUCUAGUUCGCCUGUCUGCCACGCGACGCCGAACAACCGCGGAAAGUAACCACUUCAAACUGACCUGUACGCAAGAACGAUAACAAAAAUUAUGGGGUUUAACGUGCCAAAACCACUUUCUGAUUAUUAGGCACGCCGUAGCGGAGGGCUCCGGAACUUUCGACCACCUGGGGUUCUUUAACGUGCACCUAAAUCUAAGUACACGGGUGUUUUCGCAUUUCGCCCCCAUCGAAAUGCGGCCGCUGCGGCCGGGAUUCGAUUCCGCGACCUCGUGCUCAGCAGCCCAACACCACAGCCACUGAACAACCAGAGCGUGUGCGCAACAACGAUGCAUUGAUAUGCUGAACAAAACUGAGCAUGUAAUGGAAUAGCGGGAGACUGCCUCGAACCGAAAGGAAUAGAAGGUCGCUGUUCAGUGAUGGUUCCGUGUUGUGCACUCGGACAUGCUGCAAGAAGUGGUUUCCUUUUGCACACAUUUUUUUCCCUGGCACUAUAACUUUCUAAAUCUUUUUAGGCACGUGUACAAAAUGGCUUUCCAAAAUGUUUUCGGAGCAUCCGUUUCGUCGUCAUUUUUACGCAUCGUUGUACGCCCUCGAAAUCGUCGACGAUCCACCGCAGUCUAAGCAGGGGGAAGCGGACCAAUCGGAGACUGGCGCCUCUCUCCACAUCCGGCUAUAUAUUUUCACUGCGCUAACUUCGCCCCACUCAAACCUUCUCCUAUCCUCUGCGCUCCUUGCCUCUCGACAGCCAAUUGUAUAAGAAAAACCUGUCGCGGUAGGCCAUUUAACACCAAGCAAAGGUUACCUCAUGUGCACAAAAACAAAAGUUCGAUUAGACUCGACACAACCUUGUGGGUCGGCGCCUUUCCUAGCGUCGUUGGCUAGCAAAUUUUAAUCCCGGCCACGGCGGCCACAUUUCGAUGGGGGCGAAAUGCGAAAACACCCGUGUACUUUGAUUAAGGUGCACUUUAAAGAACCCCAGGUGGUCGAAAUCUCCGGAGUCCUCCACUACGGCGCGCCUCAUAAUGAGAAAGUGGUUUUGGCACGUGAACCCCAUAAUUUCUUUUUUAAAUUUUAGUAAAUUUUAAUUCAGGCUAUUGGUUCAUGAUAUUGGAAUAAAGCAGGAAUGCAAUAACUUUACGUUAUAGCGCCUUAGAGGCCCAGCUUGUUGUACUACCAAAUAAUGUUCUGUCAGAUUCUACAACAGUGCUGCGCGAAAUCAGACGAACACAAUGCGCAUGCGGCAGUUAACAGCCCGAUACCACAUAUUUUGUUCGAAUGAUAUACGCCUGGAUGUGUGCACAUUCAUUUGUUGCUACACACGCACGCGGGUCCUCUGCGCAUGAAUGACAACCCCUCGCGUAUCCAUAUACUAUCACAGAAUAGGAUAACUGGGCGAGAUUGUUUACUUGCACCCUGCAGCUGUAAAAACACACUAUGACGAGAACGAAGAGAGUGGACAGAAUGAGGCGCUUAUUCAAAACUCAAAAAAUUUAUUGAAAGGAAACAAAUAUGUAGACAACCCGUGAUAUUUGGCUGAUACUUGACGUGAUACUGGCCGUAUGUGAUACUUGACGCAUGCGCAGCCGUCCUACUCAGUUUCUGUGUACAUAUUUCGGUUCUUUCAAGAAAAUCUUGCAGUUGGGAGUAAGCGCCUCGUCCUGUCCAUUUUCUUCGUUCUCGUCUUUGUAUGCUUUUACCGUUUCAAGAUCAAUAUACUAUCUUUCGAAUAAACUUGGUAGUGGGUUUCUCAAUCGCCCGGACCCCCCUUCGCAACAUAAUUGUCGCAACCUGUGCUUCCUGUACUCGGAAUAGUACGCGCCACCUAACCGAACUUGCUAAAUUGGGUCUUUACUCGCGCUGUCUGCGUCAAAGAAAACCUUUCUUUUUCGCAAGCAAAUUGUUUUGUGACCUAACGCUACUCAUCGACACGUGUCUGCGUGGGUAUUUAAUUUGUGCAGCAAAGCCCAUCCACGAAGAUCAACCGCCAUUAGAAUUCAGGCUUCGUAGAGGCUAAAAGACAGAACCGGUAUUUCACCACACGCGCGCUUCAAAAGCCGCUUUUCCAGCGACCCCGAAGUGCUCUGCAGUGUCACUGAGCCUGUCCAGCGAGAAGUCAGCCUCAUUCUUGAUGAUCUCGCCUUCUUCAUCGCGUAAUGAUGCAAGCUCGCCCACGGCAAAGCUGCGGAAGUGCCGCCUACGAAGGACUCCAGACCGCUGUCCGCAAGAUCACGUCUCCUGUGUCUCUAGCGUGCCGUCCUCAACUAUGCUUCGCCAGACUUUAGAAGUGUUAAUGCGCGAGUGCUUGUGCGUAUCGGUCAUGUACGUUUUUCACUGUGCUGUUCGACGAAGCAGAAUACGCACAUCGGACAUCGCUCUUGUGAUACUGCAACGACGGCCACUCCACUCUGUCUACAAAGACUGUGCAUGCAGUGUUGUCGGGUGGACUCUGUUGUUCAGUGCUGUUGAAGUGACUGUAAAAAGAAACUUGUUGGUAUACGUAUGUAACUGGGAUAUAUAUAUAUAUAUAUAUAUAUAUAUAUAUAUAUAUAUAUAUAUAUAUAUAUAUGCGCCUUGGCCAACUUUAUCGUCGUAUAUGAUUUCCUGUUUCCGCCUUUCUGUUUCCAAGAGCGGUUCUCGUGGCACAGAUAUAGGCAUUUACCUUCCUUGUAUACCGCAGAAGCAACGCGUGCAUGUACAGGGCCUUUUUUAAGCCGAAAGUGAUGUGAAUGCCAAAUUCCUUUGUACUAUUCGUCCUUGUAGCGUCAAGUUUGUUGCAUCUUUAGGUUCCUCGAAUGUAGUGGCCAUGCCAAAAAUACCAUGUGCUGUAUUUUUUUUCUUUUACACGUGUGAUCAGUGCAUAUUAGGUCGCAUGCCAGUUUGCAUGCCUGUUUUAUUUAGGUUGGCGUCGUGGUGUCUGUAUGAUUCCACAAGUCUUAGAUAGGUGAGCGACAUCUCAAAAAUUGUCUGCAGCGCGCGAAUUUGUAUAGUUCCUGUUCGUGAUUUCUUUUUCUUGCGGGAAAAGCUGAAGUCGAAUAUGAAAGAAUGCAGCUUGUAAUCUUUUUCGGGAGCAGCAAUGAUCCAAAGGCACUGUUUUAAGCUGGCAUUCCUACAGCUAACCUAUGUUAGCUGCUGCUAAAUAAAGUUAAAUUCUUAAAGAAGUAUAAUGCAUUUUAUUGAAACCUAUUAGAAAAAAUAAUCAAUAAAAACCCUCAAAGGUACAAGCCACUCUCUUGGCUACUGAUGGUGCCUCUGUUCAAUCCUGUCGAAGCCCCACCUGAAGAUUACAGCAUUCAGCAUAUCUUGUAAAAUAAAACAGACGGAUCCGACUCAUGAGUGCUCGUAACUUUAUUGAUUUAAUGCCUACUUUUGUCUUUAUUGUUCUUAUAUCGCGCCACUGGAACGUUUAGAUUUCUCCAUUCCUUUUCAAUGUCAGUUAGCGACGUGUUUGUAUGCCGUAAUAGAGGUAAAGUUGUAUAAGUUCCAAGUGCCACAAACAUAAUGAUAAAACUUGAAAAUAAAGUGUUUAGUUGAACUA